AUGGCAUUCCGCAGUCCAUUCGCAAUUCCUCGACAGCUGGUCAACGGCGCCUCUCUUGGAGUGCGGUCAACGAUCGGCAAUCGGACGAGAUACAUUUCCACCCAAAGAGGACUGGCCACAGCAGUGCCGCCGGUUACUCAGAAUGCCGUUGGCUCCAAGGGACCGACGGCUAUGGUGUUCAUGAACAUGGGAGGACCUUCAACUACCGACGAGGUCCAAGACUUUUUGAGCAGAUUAUUUGCCGACGGUGAUCUGAUUCCCCUGGGACGCCUUCAAUCGUACAUCGGACCCCUCAUUGCCAAGCGGAGAACACCCAAGAUCCAGAAGCAAUACGCAGAAAUCGGCGGAGGAUCUCCAAUCCGGAAAUGGUCGGAGUAUCAAUGUGAAGAGAUGUGCAAGAUUUUGGAUCGCAUCUCUCCCGAGACUGCCCCGCACAAGCCAUAUGUCGCCUUCCGCUACGCCGCGCCCUUGACCGAGACUAUGUACCAACAAUUGUUCGAGGAUGGAUUUGGAAAUGGAAAGGGCGGACGUGCCGUCGCAUUCACACAAUACCCCCAAUAUUCUUGCUCAACCACCGGCAGCUCCCUCAAUGAGCUGUGGAAGUGGCGCAACCGAUUGGAAGGAAAGCGUGGGAAUGAAGAGGCGGAGUCGGCCGGUGCAAUUGAAUGGAGUGUCAUUGACAGAUGGCCCACUCACUCUGGUAUCGUUGAGGCUUUCGCGCAGAACAUUGAAGCUCAACUCAAGACAUACCCCGAGGAGAAGCGAGACCAGGUGGUGUUGCUCUUCUCAGCUCACAGUUUGCCUAUGGAUGUUGUCAACCGAGGCGACCCCUACCCCGCCGAAGUGGCUGCCACCGUUCACGCCGUGAUGCAGCGACUUGGAUUCAGCAACCCUUACCGCUUGUGCUGGCAAUCCCAGGUGGGCCCCAAGGCGUGGCUCGGAGCCCAGACCAGCGACACCGUGCAGGAAUAUGUGAAGCGCGGCCAAACCGACUUGAUCCUGGUUCCCAUUGCGUUCACAAGUGACCACAUUGAGACACUGUACGAGUUAGAUUUGGAAGUCAUGGAGGAAGCCAAUAGCCCCGGCGUCAAGCGCGCGGAGAGCUUGAACGGCAACCCUGUUUUCAUCCAGGGACUCGCGGAAAUUGCCCGCGACCAUCUGCAGAAGGGGGAGCCAUGCUCCCGCCAGAUGACUCUGCGUUGUCAAGGCUGCACUAGCGAACGCUGCCUGGGUCAGAAGAAGUUCUUCGCUGGCCAAGAGUAUGCUUCUUUGGUGCAAUAA